UCGAAUAUUUGGACAUGUCAAAUGCAAGCAUCUCAGAUACUAUCCCAGGUUGGUUUGAGAAAGUGUGUCAUGGUAUAAAAUCUUUGUAUUUCUCCAACAAUUACAUCACAGGGAAACCACCCGUGUGCAAAGGCAACAGUGGUCUUAAAUAUCGCACAGAAUUUUAUUUGGAGUCCAACAAAUUCGAGGGGCCUUUGCAAUUGUUACCAACAGACAUUGGUCAAUUGCAUCUUCAAAAUAACUCACUGCAAGGGAUUAUUCCACAGCCCGACAUUAAAAAUAACGUGACAGUGGAUAUUCUUGGAGUACUAGAUCUCAGUGAUAACCACUUCAUCGGCAGCAUCCCUGAUUCUUUGUGCAGCUUACAAAGGCUUGCUAUCCUGGAUCUUUCUAACAACCAGCUCUCUGGAAGGAUCCCUUCAUGUAUUGGUAAGAUUAAAACGUUGGGUGCGCUACUUCUGGCAAACAACAAUCUCUACGGGCACAUUCCAAUUUCAUUGGGACAUCUCAAUGUUCUCGACUCUUUGCACUUGGACCGAAACAAAUUUACAGGGAUGGUCCCAUUCUCGUUCAGACAUCUGGAAAAUUUGCAGUAUCUUGAUCUUGGAAAAAAUGGACUGGAGGGCAUUAUACCAGCUUGGAUUGGGGACGAACUAUCUAGUCUGAGGUUACUUGUGCUUGAAUCUAAUAAUUUCCAUGGUGAAAUUUCCAUGAGCCUCUGCAAAUUAUCACUCCUUCAAGUUUUAAAUUUGAAAGACAAUAACUUAACUGGACAUAUACCUCGCUGUUUUAACAACGUUACAGCAAUGACAGAAUUGGGCCCUACAAGUGAAUUUGGUGAAGAUGUUUCAGUUUUCGUCAAAGGUGAAAUGUUGAACUACACCUCAAGCAAUGUGAAAUAUGUUAAAUUCAUGGGGCUCUCGGGAAAUAAACUAAGUGGGGAAAUACCUGUCGAGUUAAUGUCUCUGGUUGGAUUGCGGGGUUUGGAUUUAUCUAGAAACCAUCUAAGUGGAAGAAUCCCAGAAAACAUUGGGAACUUGAGCCAACUUGAGUCUCUAGAUUUAUCCAAAAAUGACCUUUCCGGUCCAAUUCCCCAAAGUUUGUCGAACUUAGAUUCUCUGGGCUGGCUGAACUUGUCGUUCAACAAGCUAACCGGUCCAAUCCCAUCCGGACGUCAUCUGCAGACAUUAGACGACCCAACCAUUUACAUGGGAAACAGCGGACUUUGUGGCGAACCGCUAGACAAAAGCUGCCCUGAUGAAUCUGAUGGAAAAUCAAAUGCCGGAGAAUCUGAUGGUGAUCAUGAGGAUGGCAAGGAGUCUUAUUUUUAUUGGUUUUAUGCUGGCUUGGCACCUGGUUUUGCUGUUGGACUCUUGGGAUUCUUCAGUGUCCUAUGUUUCAAGAAGUCAUGGCGCUAUGCAUACUUCGGAUUUCUGGAGAACUUGUUGAAUAAAGUAUGGGUAGAAAUUGCAUUGCUAAAAAGGAAGUUUGGUUGAUUGA